CAGACGUGCAGGAAGGGACCAGCAGGCACCUGGCCCAGGUGUGCAGUGGCAGCGGGGCAGGUCUGGCUGCAGGCUGGUGACUGCUCCUCCCGGGGGAACCCCUCCUCGGCUCAGCAGGGUGUAUGCAGCAGGACAGAGGAGUGCCCGGGAAGCCAUGGAGCCCAGCAGCGUGCCCCCAGCCUCUGUGACCCCCUCGUGGGACGUGUUCCCCCAGCAGACCCUGGAGCCCGUGGACAUCGCUGUGCUCGUGCUCUAUUUCCUCUUCGUGCUCGCCGUGGGGCUCUGGUCCAUGUGGAAGACGCAGCGCAGCACCGUCAAGGGCUAUUUCCUCGCCGGGGGACAGAUGGUCUGGUGGCCUGUGGGUGCAUCCCUCUUUGCCAGCAACGUGGGCAGCGGGCACUUCAUCGGCCUGGCAGGCUCGGGAGCUGCCUCGGGCAUUGCAGCCACAGCCUACGAGUGGAACGGGAUGUUCUGUGUGCUGGUGCUGGCCUGGCUCUUCCUGCCCAUCUACAUCGCCUCGGGGGUUACCACCAUGCCAGAGUAUUUGCAGAGACGUUUUGGAGGCAAGAGGAUUCAGAUAUUCCUGGCCAUUCUCUACUUGUUCAUCUACAUCUUCACCAAAAUAUCUGUGGACAUGUACGCCGGGGCCCUGUUCAUCCAGCAGGCCCUGCACUGGGACCUGUACAUCGCCGUGGCCGGGCUGCUGGCCAUCACUGCCGUGUACACCGUGUCUGGUGGCCUGGCAGCUGUGAUCUACACGGAUGCCCUGCAGACCCUCAUCAUGCUCAUCGGGGCCGUGUCCCUCAUGGUCUUCAGUUUUAUUGAAGUUGGUGGCCUCGAAGGUUUACAGACCAAAUACUUUGGUGCCAUCCCCAGCGUCCGGCCAGAGAACAGCAGCUGUGGCCUGCCCAGGGAAGAUGCUUUCCACAUCUUCAGAGCCCCUGUCAACUCCGACCUGCCCUGGCCAGGAGUCCUGGUGGGAAUGACCAUCCCCUCCCUGUGGUACUGGUGCACAGACCAGGUCAUUGUUCAGAGGUCCCUGGCUGCCAAAAACCUCUCCCACGCCAAAGGAGGCUCCUUGAUGACCUCCUACUUGAAGAUUUUGCCCCUCUUUAUGAUGGUAAUGCCAGGCAUGAUCAGCCGGGUUCUCUUCCCAGAUCUGGUGGCUUGUGCAGACCCAGAAAUUUGCCAGAAAGUCUGCGGGAACCCCUCUGGCUGCUCUGAUAUUGCUUAUCCCAAGCUGGUGCUGGAGCUGCUGCCCGUAGGGCUCAGGGGCCUGAUGAUGUCGGUGAUGAUUGCAGCCCUCAUGUCCUCCCUGACCUCCAUCUUCAACAGCUCCAGCACCAUCUUCACCAUGGACCUCUGGAAGCACCUCCGGCCUCGCUGCUCCGAGUGGGAGCUGAUGGUCGUGGGCAGGGUCUUUGUGCUGCUGCUGACCGUGGUGUCCAUCCUGUGGAUCCCCCUGGUGCAGGCUGGCCAGGGUGGGCAGCUCUUCAUCUACAUCCAGUCCAUCAGCUCCUACCUGCAGCCGCCCGUGGCCGUGGUCUUCAUCCUGGGCUGCUUCUGGAAGAGAGCCAACGAGAAGGGAGCCUUCUGGGGGCUGCUGCUGGGGCUGCUGCUGGGCGGGGUGCGCCUGGUGCUGGAUUUCAUCUACCCCGAGCCGCGCUGCGGGCAGCCCGACGGCCGGCCCGGCGUGCUCAAGCACAUGCACUACCUCUACUUCUCCAUGGUGCUGGGGGCCACCACCAGCCUCACCGUGCUCCUGGUCAGCCUGGCCAGCGAGCCCCCGGCCCCCCAGAUGAUCAGCCGGCUCACCUGGUUCACCCGCGGGGAUGCCCCGGCCGGGCAGGAGCCGGCAGCCGGGCCCGGCCCCGCCAAGGAGCCGCUGCAGCUGGAGCUGAGCCCCGUGCCCGAGAGCGGCUCCGAGGGCAGCAAAGGUGCAGCCGAGGCCAAGGGCAGCUCCAAGCUGCUGAGCACCUUGCUGUGGCUCUGCGGGAUGGAGCGCAGGCAGGAGGGGGCUGAGAGCCUGCCCAGAGCUGAGCCCCUGCCCGCGGUGUCCCUGGAGGAGGAGCCCCUGGUGAAGCACGUCCUGAACAUCAACCUGCUGCUGUGUGUGUGUGCCGGGGUCUUCCUCUGGGCCUACUUCGCAUAGCCAGGGGCAGGCCAGGCACACACCACCCUCUAAUCCUAACUGGUGUAAAUAUUAAUGAUUAGCAGAGGGUUAAUGUAAUUCUUAAUGCUUUCUAAAUUUUAUUUCUUUAUUUAAGACACUUUAAAGACAUAAUGUUUUCCUUGUUUCUAAUGGGGGCCUGGCUGUGCCCGGGGCCGAGCGCUUGGCACUGGCACCGUCAGACCCCACCUGGCACCAACCAGCUGAGGAAGGUUGGUUUGGUUAUUUUAAAUAUUUAAUUUUGCUCUUUGGCCUUAGAGCACUGCCUGGAAUUCAGGAAGCCUGGAAUCUCUUCCUAUUUAUGCCUCUAUAACCAGUUUGGGUCCCCUCUGGUUCAGCCCCUCUGGCCUUGGGGGACAGCAGUGACACCCUGAGUGCCCAGAGCAGAGCCAGGGGCUGUUCUCUGGGCUCUGGUGUGCCUCUGGCUCAGCUGUGCCUGUUCAGCUCCUUCCCUGUGUGCAGUGAGUGCUGAUGGACCUGUCUGCCUGAGUGACCACCACUGACACUCCAAUGGCAACACCAGCACCAGCGUGGACACUGCCCCUCAACUGGGGCCACCUGAAGGACCUAAACCAGCCAGACCCACCAGGUGUGCCAGGACAGGGGUGCCCAGGGCCAGCCCCUCAUGGCCUGGGCACACACAGCCCUUCUGGGAGUGCCUCAGUGGAGAGCCCUGGGCUGGGCACCAUCCCUGGCCCUGGGCACCAUCCCUGGCCCUGGGCACCAUCCCUGGGCUGGGCACCAUCCCUGGCCCUGGGCACCAUCCCUGGCCCUGGGCACCAUCCCUGGCCCUGGGCCUCGUGCAGCUGCAGAGAAACAUUAAAGAGUGAGAUCUGGUCCCUGCCUGCCUGGAGUCUGUGGGAUGGGGGGGCUGCCAAGACCUCUGGGCCCCCUCUGGCUCCUCCUGGAGCCCCUCAGCUGCCCUGACCCCCUGCUCCCCUGCCCAGCCUGCUGGGGCUUCCCAGAGUUGAUGAAAUCCUGCAGGGUCGUAGCAAAGCUCACCCCAGAGCUGGCAGCACUCCGUGUGCAGGCAGUGACAGUGACAACAGGCAGGAGCACCUGAAACCUGCAGCAGCCCACAGUCAGGAGAUGCCCCUGUUAAACCACACAAAGGGAAUUGGCACUGGGGGAUCCCUCCUGAGCCUGUGAAACGCUGCUGGAAACCCUGGGGGAGAGAGGCACUGCAGUUUGGGGGAUAAACAUCAGAAUCAGGCACAGGACUGGAGUCUGUGGCUCUUCAAACUGAAGUUAGAGUUGCAAAGAUUUGUUAUGGGGCUGGUGUGGUGACAGAGGAAGGUCUCAGUGCUCCCACUGAAGUCCUUAAGGGAAAGCCAAGCUGGGCAGGCAGUGACUCCAAGCUACACAGUGCAGGGGGUCACUGUGACCUUCGGGACCAGUGGAAGCAACAAAACUAGAAUAAAGAUGCCUUAAGUUGACAAAAAACAAUCUUUAAUUUUAUAAAUGUUCACUCAACUUCUGAAUCCAAACAGCUGUUUCAAAGUUCUUUCAAAAUUCAACCGUUUUCAACAAAAGCACAAACCCCAUUUCCACGGUUUCCUCGUGAAACAGUUGCCAGUUGCACAUGAACAAAGCAGGUUAAUACAAAUAACUAUGAAAUCAGGGUAAGUACUGCUCCUAAGUAGCAAUGAAA